GACAGUUGACUGUGCCAGCUCUAUCUCCAUGAAUCCCACUGAUAUGCAGCUUAAUUGUUUGAACAUGUUCUGUUUGUGUUUCCAGCUGGUGGACAAGCUCAACACCAACACAGAGAUGGAGGAAAUGAUCAAUGACUACAACAUUUUGAAGGCCCACAAUGACAGCGAGGCUGAGAGCAUUGAUAGCAUCUUCACUGAGAGGAGAGAGAGAGAGGAGGCUAUGCGGGCGAUCGAAGAGGAGAUCCGGAGGGAGAGGCGCGUCGCUGACGAGGUCGUCCAGUCGAUGCCGGCCGUGAAGCAAGAGAAGUAUUUCACCAUGACAACAGCCAAUGAGGAGCUGCUACAGGAGCUAGCUGUUCUCCAGGAGGAGCUGGACAUUCUGAUGACCAGGAAGGAGGACUACGACGCUGAGCUGUCCACCUCACACUUAAAGCAGGAAGUGGUUCGUCUCCACGAGACUCUGUCAGCGCUGGAGGCCAAGCGUGACGCCAUGGAGGCUGAGCACAAGAGCCUGGGCUCCCCACAGGAGGAGAGAGAGCAGCUCUUCAAACAGGUGAAGGAAGACAACCAGGAAAUCGCCGGCAUGGAGAGACAGUAUGUAGCAUUGGUGUCGCACCAAAACUCUGUGUUUUGCUUUCUUGCGUUUCAUUUUCUUUGAAAUUUCUCUCUGUCUCUCUGUCUCU